UCGAAAAACUUAUCCUAUCCGUUAUUUUUGGGGGGGCGAUUGUGCUUUAUGGCACAGGGAAGACCAUAGAGAGAAAAAGAGAGAGAGAGAGAUAUGGCUGCUACUUCUCUCAUUGCUGUGUCGCGGUUCCCAUCUUUGGCUUCUCCUUUCAAGGGAACUCUGAAAACUUUGGGUGCAAAACCAUGUCUGAGGAUUCAGCGAGCAAGACCCCUUGUUUUUGUUGUCAAUAAGGUUGCUUUUGUCCCUGUGAGUGCACCUUCCACUUCAAGUCGAUUUCGCCUAGACAAUUUGGGGCCUCAACCAGGUUCAAGGAAGAAGGGUAAGAGAAAGGGUAGAGGUAUAUCAGCAGGGCAAGGAGCAAGUUGUGGUUUUGGCAUGAAGGGUCAGAAAUCUCGAUCUGGACCUGGCGUUAGAAAGGGUUUCGAAGGUGGCCAAACCCCACUCUAUCGACGAAUCCCCAAACUUAAAGGAAUUGCAGGAGGUAUGCAGAAGGGAUUGCCGAAGUAUGUCCAUGUAAAUCUGAGGGACAUAGAUGCUAAAUUUCAGGAAGGGGAAGAGGUGUCUCUAGAGACACUGAAGGAGAAGCGUGUGAUUAACCCAUCAGGAAGAGAAAGGAGACUUCCUUUGAAGAUUUUGGGUGACGGAGAACUAAGCAAGAAGUUGACGAUAAAAGCCCGUGCCUUUUCCACAUCAGCAAAGGAGAAACUUGAGAAUGUUGGUUGUUCUCUCACUGUGCUUCCUGGCCGGAAGAAAUGGGUUAAGCCAUCAGUUGCCAAAAACCUUGCACGUGCCGAAGAAUACUUUGCCAAGAAGCGAGCUGCAGCUGCUGCUGCUGCUGCUUCUGAACCAUCCACGGUUUGAAAUUGAACAACUUGUGUGUCAUCACAUUUAGAAAUCUUCAAUAGAGGUGCAAAGUGAUUUUUUCGUUAGGAACCACCUCACAUGUAUCUCUGGUUCAUUCUGUUAUUUUGUAACUUAAGGAAUUGAUUCUUUGUUCUUUUUGCAUUGAAUGUGUUCUAGUGCCGGUUUCAAACAAAAGUUAAUGUUUUAUACCUCAUUACCUUUUGUUCCAUCACCAAAUUUUUUUGAAAAAAUAAAUAAAUAAAUAAAAUUUUAAAUUUUGGUUU